AUGGAGAGAGAGGACGAAGAUGCGACGCAAGAGAGGAGGCUGUUCCGCCGUGCACUGUCAUCGCUCCUGGGGUCGAUUGAAGCCGCCGCCGCAGCUAGGGCUUGCCGUGCUCCUGUCCGGAACAAUGCUGAUCGAUUCCUGUAUUGGAGCACUAGGUUCCAAAUUGUUCUAGGCGUGGAAAGGGGAUUGCAGUACCUUCAUGAGGAUUCACAUCUAAGAAUUGUUCACCAAGACAUCAAAGCAAGCAACAUUCUUCUUGAUCAUAAGUUUCAUCCCAAGAUUGGAGACUUUGGCCUUGCCAGGUUCUUCCCUGAAGACCAAGCUUAUCUUAGCACACAAUUCACUGGAACAUUUCAAAGCGACUUAUCAGUAUGGAACGAAGAAAAUGUUAUUUUGAAAUUAGAUGUUAUGGUGUACAUGGUAAACUUGAUUUUUGAAGCAAAGGGGAGUGAUUUGGGACAUUACCAUCCUAAAAUUCUGAAAGCCUUAACAGAGCAGGCAGAAAAGCUGACGCUGAGCUCUCGAGCCUUUUACAAUGAUCGGUUUCCACCAUUUGCUGAGCAUUUGACAAGUAUGCUUGGUUAUGAUAUGGUUCUUCCCAUGAACACUGGUGCUGAAGGAGUGGAAAUAGCUCUGAAAUUAGCAAGAAAGUGGGGUUAUGAAAAGAAAAGAAUUCCCAAAGAUGAGGCUAUUAUUGUGUCAUGUUGUGGCUGCUUCCAUGGCCGUACACUAGCUGUUAUAUCUAUGAGUUGUGACAAUGAAGCUACCCGGGGUUCUAGUCCUUUAUUGCCUGGCCAUCUUAAAGUUGAUUUUGGUGAUGCAGAAGCCCUUGAAAGAAUUUUUAAAGAAAAAGGAGAACACAUAGCUGGCUUUCUUUUGGAACCCAUCCAGGGUGAAGCUGGGGUAAUCAUUCCUCCAGAUGGCUAUUUGAAAGCUGUUAGAGAUCUUUGCACUAGAUAUAAUGUGCUGAUGAUUGCAGACGAAAUACAAACUGGGUUAGCAAGAACAGGGAAGAUGCUGGCUUGUGACUGGGAAGAAGUUCGCCCAGAUGUUGUAAUACUAGGGAAAGCAUUGGGUGGAGGAGUUUUUCCUGUGAGUGCAGUUCUUGCAGACAAGGAUGUAAUGCUUUGUAUAAAACCAGGAGAGCAUGGAAGUACCUUUGGCGGGAAUCCAUUGGCCAGUGCUGAACUUCUUAAAUCCUAUGAUUAUAAAGUUUUACCUAAAGGAGCUAAAGCUACUGUCUCUCUAUGGUUCAGUUGCAUUUGAUGAAGAUUUUGAAGCUCAACUAGCUGACAACAAUGAUGCAAGACUGGAAGUGUCUCUAUUGGCGAGGAGCCCUGACCAAGAGCUGACUGAAGUUAGUAACUCAAUAGUUGAACAAGUUGGCUUAUAGUCCCCCCCAACAAAAAUGUCCUUAACAUGAUGAUAUUUCUAUGAUAAUAGAAGAACAUACUGAUUUGCAAUUUAUUAUAAGUGUGUUAUUUCUUUGAAUUUCUUG